UUUUCUCCGGAACCAAACGGACUACUACUGAAAAAAAAAAUAUGUUCUUCCUUGAUCAGUUAAUCGCCUAUGAUCUUCCUUCUUCCCUCCCCACCUCCUCUCUUUCAUCACGUGACUGGAUCUGCGUCUAUCGGAUCGGUUCCAUCCAUCUCUUCACCCUUUUCCUGCCCUAUCAGCCUCGUCCCCUCAAGUUGCAUCUGUCUGUAAUCGUUUCGGGAUCAAAAUCGGGGAAUCCAGUGGGCUUGUAGAGCUGCCGGAGCCGCCGCCAUGGAAGUGGCAGCACGAGAUUCGACCCAGCCAUCGGCCACUGCAGAGGAAGAGGCCCUCAAGAAGAACACGGAUUGUGUUUAUUUCCUUGCAUCUCCUUUGACCUGUAAAAAGGGAAGCGAAUGUGAAUAUCGCCAUAGUGAACCUGCUAGGAUUAACCCCAGAGAUUGCUGGUUCUGGAUGAAUGGCAAUUGCCUAAAUCCAAAAUGUUCAUUCCGACAUCCGCCUUUGGAUGGCUUGUUAGGAACCUCAGGGGCAUCUUAUGUGGGAUCAUAUAUGCCUGCACAUACUGGGGCAUCAACAAAAAUUCUUCCAUUGCAUGCUCCCGCUUAUAGUUCAGCUAAACAAUCUAUCCCCUGUAUUUUCUUCCAAAAGGGACUUUGCUUAAAAGGUGACAGAUGCCCCUUCACACAUGGACCACAACCAACUAGUAAUCUGCCCUCACAGCCACCAUCACCACCACCAAAAGUUGUUCUUACUACUGAGCCUCAGGAUUCAAAUAAGGCUUCUUUUUGGGGGCUUGAGAAAUUCACCAAACAACAGCAGAUCCCAAGACAAAAUUUUGUAAGCCAAGUUGAAGUACCUUCUUCAGCAAAAUCAGUUACAAAGCCUGAGAUUGCAUUGUCGAAAAAUGGAGUGCCAGUUAAGAAGAGUGUACCACCAAUAACUGUAUCAGAUGAUGAGUGUCUUAGAUAUAAACCAGCAAAUGGUUCUGGUAUCAGUGGAAGUUCCAUAAGUAGGCCAUCAAAUGGCCCUGGCAUCAUUGGAAAUUCUUUAAGUAGGUCUCACCGUAGUCGUCAAGCUCAGGUGGAUGAGCAGAGUCUACAGAAUGGCAAAGAGGGUGAUGAUUACUUGGGUGAAUCCUCACCUGGCUUUGAUGUACUCGUAGAUAAUGAGCUCAGUGAUUAUGAUUAUUACCAAAAGGAAGAUGAUGUUGGAAGGACAACAAGUCAUAAUGGAAGGCAUUUGACCUCUGUGAAUGAAUUUGAUUACGACAACUGCUCUGUUAAUCACAGUUCAAUGAAUAAAUUUGACAGGGAGCCAUACAAUAAUGCACGUGAGUAUGACCCAUAUGGACGGUCUCACGAUCAUUAUGCAUGGCAACAGAGUAGAGCUUCAUCUGAGAGGGUUACAGAGAGGCUAUCUCUACCAGAACAAAGGGGGUUCACAAGAAGUGAGAACCCUGAUCAGAUUAGUGAGUCAGAUUUGCGCCACCAGCUAUCGAAGCAAAGAAGGGUUGGUGGAUCAAGAUCUGCCAUUAGUUCAGAUCGUCAUGGUGAUCACCAUUGGAGGGUUGAUCAUGACCACCACAUUGAGGAUCAAAGAAACCUGAGUCAAUCUUGGAGAGAGUCACGUCAUUUGCCUCAAGCGGGUUCCAUAAGCAAUCGGCUGCGAGGUAGAGUUACGUUUCCUGGUAGAUCUUCACCAGACAAUAACAAUACCAAUGGCAUGCAUCCAGAGCGGGAAAUGGACAGGGGAAGAAAAAGGGGCAGGUUGUCACCAGGCAGAGCACCAGUAUUGUCCUACCAGGGAAGGCACCAAAGCAGAUUAAAACGCAAAAGUGAGGACUUAAACAUGGAGGAGAGAAAUUGCAGGGCUCCUCUUGUCAAAAGAGAUGAGGUAGGGAACAGCUUGGAUUUUGCUGGUCCAAAAAGCCUUGCAGAACUGAAAGGUGCUAAGGUUACAGAGAGCAAAGAAGACCACCAGCAAGGCAAAGAUUGUCAAGUAUUUUCUGUUGGAGAGCAGAGAAACUCUAAGAUUGGAAAAUGUGUUGCUCAAGAAUACGAGGACUCACUUUCCUUUGAGAGUCCCAAGCCGCUAAGCAUGAUUUUGAAGAGGAAAAGAGUAGUAGAAACCGCAGCUUCUGGUAAUAAUGAGGUUUCUGGAAUGGGAGAUAGUGACAUUCAGAGGGAAGGGAGUGAAAACCAUGUGGGCAACUCCAGCAUCACAACAGUUGCAGAGAUACAGACUGUUCUUUCUUCUGAUCUCAAAAAAGAAGCCAAUGAAAGCACAGUCAGCAAUCAGGAAAAUCCUAUAAAUUCAGCUGCCCUAAUUGACGAUGAAGAAGGUGAGAUCUUUCCAGAGGAUGAAGAAGUGGCUCAUGAAGGGGAGUCAUAUGCACAAGAUGGGUCUGAGGUCGAGAUUGAUGAUACUAUGGAAGAUCAAGAACUUGAAACCUUUGAUAAGAGAGAUGGUGAAUCUGAUUAUGAGCAAGCUGAUGAUGACCAAGAUUAUAGGACAGAGGAAGUUGAAAAUAUGGACCCUGAAGAGGAAUACUUGGACGAUGAAGAUGGGGAUGACUUUGCAAAGAGGAUUAGCAUCAUGUUCUCUGGAGAGAGAGAGAGAUGAAACUGAUUGCUCAUUCCCAAUGGUAAAAGACCAUGUUAGCAUUAUUUUUUUAUUUAAAUAUAGAAUGGCUCUUUUUAAAUGAGCUAAUGUAGCUCAUUGUUUUCAUUUAAAUAUAAAAUGGCUCGUACAACUGAGCUGAUAAAGCUUGCAUUCUGGGUUAUGCUCAAAAGUGGGAACCUUGUUAUUGUAUUAAUGGAGUCUUGUUUCAAUGUAUUUAAGUUGAUCUAAUGGAAAUUUCUUCGUUCUCGUUUUCACUUUGCAAA